AUGAUUUGACAUUGACAAGUUAAAAUCAAAGACAGCAAAAAAAUCCCAAACAUGUCAAAAAUUUAAACCCAAUCAGAGCAUUGCCGAUAAAUCUGUAUUAUUUUAUAAGUUAAUUUAGAAUAGGAAACUAGUAAAAAUGACUAACCCGCAUGUCGCAGGUCUAACCAAUAAAAGUAUAUUCUUGCUUGAGUUUAAAGAGCCAUAUUGUGAGAAAACCUUAAGAGAUGAAUCAACAACAAAUGUACGAGGCAUUAUAUGUAGCCCUAAAGGGUCUUACUUGGCCUAUAGAACGGAUAGAAAAUCUGAGAUAGUCAGAUGCUCAGACUGGUCUACGACAGCAUCAAUUGAUGGAAACGUUAAGGAGAUGUUUUUCUCUCCAUUGGACAACUUUUUUAUGGUUUGGGAAAUGUAUGCCAUCACUAAAGAUAAUCCUGAGGGUAAACCAAACCUCAGAGUAUUCAAAACAGAUAAUGGUAAAUUAGUUGGAUCAUUUGUACAGAAAAAUCAAAUAGGAUGGGAGCCAAAAUGGUCUACGGAUGAGAAGUUAUUUGCCAUUCAAUUAAAUAAUAAAAUCCAGAUAUAUGAAGAUGGGAACUUAGAACGCUAUGUCCAUCAAUACAGUGCAGAAAAAUUAAAGGCGUUCAGUCUCUCGCCGAGUCCUUCUCCGAAUUAUUACAUUGCUGUAUUUACAUUAGGUAAACAAGGGCAGCCAUCAUUUUGGCGUGUAUUUAAAUACCCUCAAUUUGAUGUUAGUCAAGCUGUUGUCACCCGGUCAUCCUUCCAAGCUGAUAAGGCUGUGUUCCACUGGAACAGACGCGGUACAAAUGUGUUUGCUAUGACACAGACAGAUGUUGACAAAACGGGCGGUUCGUACUACGGAAAACAAACGCUAUCGCAUGGCGACGUCAAAGGGAACUCUGGAAUCGUAUCGUUCAGUAAGGAAGGUCCCAUCCACGCGAUUAGUUGGAACCCGGGCAACUGGAACGAGUGGAUAGCGGUGUACGGUCACGCCCCGGCCAAAGCGACGGUCUUCAAUGCGAAAUGCGAACCUCUUUUCGAGUUUGGCACCGGAGCUUGGAACUCGAUUUACUUCUCCCCCGAAGGAACUCAUGUCCUUUUGGGAGGCUUUGGGAACAUAGCGACCGGCCACAUCGAGGUGUGGGACAUGCGCGGGUACAAAAAGGCGGGCACUUGUUCCGCUCCAGAUACAACUUUCCUGCAAUGGGACCCGAGGGGUGAAACCUUCCUGACUGCUACUACUUACCCUAGGCUCACUGUUAGCAAUGGAUAUAAAAUAUGGCAUUACACGGGCGUAUUGAUGCACAAGCGUUCGUGUAGCGAGAAGGAGAAUCUUCUGGCAAUAUGCUGGCAGCCUGGAUCAUAUCCCAAAACGGAUCUAUCGAAGAGCGCUCCUAAGGCUAUCGAGGACUCAACGCCGAAGCCAAUGGGCGCCUAUCGCCCCCCAGGAGCUCGGAGCAGACCUUCAAACUUUACGCUACACGAACACGAGAAACCUCAUAAACCUGGAGAGAGUCCUGCUGUUGGACCGUCAAAGCAAGCGAUCAAGCAGAAAGAGAAACGUGAAGCUCGAAAAGCUCGUAAAGCUGAAGAAAAGGGGAAAGGCGACGUGUCCCCGGAAGAUGGGUCCUCGCCGGUCCCCCCCACCACUACACGGCAACCCUUCGUCUCGACGGGCGAUCCCGAAAAGGAUAAGAAAAUCAAGAACAUCAACAAGAAAUUAAACGACAUAGACAAAUUGAAACAGCAAAAAGCCGCCGGGAAGCCGCUAGAGUUGAACCAACUCGCCAAGAUCGACAACGAACAAGCAUUACUGCAAGAAUUGUCUCAGCUGAAGUUAUGAUAAAAAUGAAUACCUUUGUUUAACAUUUUUGUUACAUUGCUUUCAUUAAGAUAGGUGAAGUUAAAAAAUUAAAUAUUAAUAUAAGCUGUAAAGUCCAAAUUUGUUUGAAAAGUUACCUUUUAAAAAAAUACCCUUUUUUAUUUUAAUUGACGGGUUCGAUUUGCGGUUCCGACAGAUUUAAAAAAUCUCUCGAUGCCGUUUGCUAUUUUUAUUGGUGUUUUUAGCGAAAAUUUCAUUGACUACAAAAAAUAUAGAUGUACCAAUGGGACACCCUGUAUAAUACUUAACUUACUACGCAUAUCUCUCAAUAAUAAUAGUACCGGACCGAACGGCGGUCUCCAAGCAAAUAUACUGCCUAAGUGAAUGGUCUUAAGCAAAUAAAGUCAUGUUCCAUCCAGUCAGCGCACAGGGUGAAACGCCUCGGCGGUUCAGAGACCGGUUAAGGCAUCGACCGACAAGAAAACGGACCGUCAAGAAUAAAAAAAGGACCAAAAAACAUGGUUUCGGGCCGCUGCUCAAUAUAGAUAAUAAAAUAAAGCGCGUACAUACGCAUAUUGUACGACUGUGACGAUCCGGCAAAAUUCUCCAUCUGUCAUAAACGCGAAUGCGUCUUAAAAGAGGAUGAACCGUCUGAAUUCCGGCAAUUUAAACACAGUACCAAUGACCGCACCGGUAAAGACAUGCUUAAAAGCAAAUAAUAGAAAUAAAAAACAAUAGUAUUGUAACCCUAUAAUAGGGUUGACACAUUAAAACAUUUUUAUAAGUUCUUUCAUAAAAAUCUAUAUACUAAAAUGAAUGUUAAUUAAAGAUGAAAUGUUACGAUGUUAUGAAUAAUAAAGAUGUAUAUCGCCUAUACAAAUGCAA